CACUCAACACCGUGAGCAUGCUCAAAACACGAGUGGAAAUAUUUGCCUUCAUUCAUACCAAAAAAUAUGUUUCUCACUGACAUCCUAAAGCAAUUUUUUUCCACAGUGAGGCAUUCCCAUAUUCAAGUUAUGUUUUGUUACAGACGCGGGGACAAAGAAAGAAAGCAAUUUCAUUCAAAAAAGCACGUUGGGUUGAGCGGUCGGCUAGGGGACCGUGGACAGCUCCCGUCUGAGGAGCAGAGUAACACAGGAGGAGGAGAGGGCUGGACAUGGGGGAGCCACCGCACAGGCCCGUAUGAUCAAGAUAAAAACACUUUUUAUGUGCACCUACCGGGGAAGAGACACAAAGAGACCGACGUGGAUAGGCCUUUGGAGGACCGGGAAACAACCUCGAAAGUGAGAGAAAAGGGGGGUGGGGGGGACACGGCUGCUGACCCAUCCCGGCGCAUCAGGGGUGAGAAGAGGAGCGAGUAAGGAGGAGAAAGGAGAAAUAUUUCCGCUCGACCUGAUGGACUGAGGACAGAUGAAUGAAGACUGCCUACACUAACGCCUAUAGAUGCCUGGCCAAGGAUCUGGACGCUUACGCCAUGAAUACGGACAUGACAAUAGACGGCAUUGGCAACCUUCAUGGCGGGGUGGCGGUGAGUUCCGUGGCCCCUGAGGUGGAGUUGAUGAGCGGCCACAGCCCGCAUCACGGCCGCGGAGGCUCUUCGGGGGCGGUGGGGGGACACGGGGCGGCGGCGGCGGCUGCCCUGCGGAUCCACCAGGACCUGGCCGCCGCUGCCGCGUCAUCCCGCUCGGCCAUGGUGUCCGGCAUGGCCACCAUACUGGAGGGCAGCGGGGAGUACCGUCCAGACCUGUCCCUCCCGCUGCACCACGCCAUGAGCGUCCCCUGCGACACGUCCUCUCCGGGUAUGGGCAUGAGCGGCACUUACACCACCUUAACCCCGCUCCAGCCGCUGCCCCCCAUCUCCACCGUGUCAGACAAGUUCCAUCACCAUCACCACCACCAGCGGCUCUCCGGGAACGUCAGCGGGAGCUUCACUCUGAUGCGGGACGAGCGGGGACUACCGGGCAUGAACAACAUUUACAGCCCCUACCACAAGGAUCACAUGUCCGGGAUGGGUCAGAGCCUUUCCCCGGUGCUUGGCAACGGCCUGGGCUCCCUCCAUAACACCCAGCAAGGUCUUCACAACUACGGCACCGCGACGCACGGAGGACACGACAAGAUGCUCAACUUCGACCAUACCGCCUCCAUGCUCACCAGAGGAGACCCCCACCAGCACCGAGGCCUCGGUGGUCCGGGAGGCGGGAUGAUGCCGCACCUGAACGGAAUGCAUCACCCGGGACAUCCCGUGUCCUCCACGGGCCACCACCCCCACCCCCACCUCCAUUCUCCAUCUCACGGGCCAGUGUUGGCUUCCACCCGGGAAAGACCGCCCUCCUCCUCCGGGACGCAGGGAGUGAACAGUUCGGGGCAGCUGGAGGAGAUCAACACCAAGGAGGUGGCGCAGCGGAUCACUGCGGAGCUCAAGAGGUACAGCAUCCCUCAGGCCAUCUUCGCCCAGAGGGUGCUGUGCCGCUCCCAGGGGACCCUGUCAGACCUGCUGAGGAACCCCAAACCAUGGAGUAAACUAAAGUCGGGCCGCGAGACCUUCAGGAGGAUGUGGAAGUGGCUGCAGGAGCCUGAGUUUCAAAGGAUGUCAGCUCUCAGACUGGCAGCGUGCAAACGGAAGGAGCAGGAUACAGCGAAGGAGCGGAACAACACACCAAAGAAAUCUCGGUUGGUCUUCACCGACCUACAACGUCGCACCUUGCUGGCCAUCUUCAAGGAAAACAAGAGGCCUUCCAAGGAGAUGCAGCUCACCAUCUCACAGCAGCUGGGCCUCGAACUCACCACCGUCAGCAACUUCUUCAUGAACGCCCGCCGCCGGAGCCUGGACAAAUGGACAGACGACGGAGCCAGUCCCGGUGCCCAAUCUUCAGCGUCCAGCACUUGUACCAAAGCGUGAUGAUAGGUGGAGGGAGGGUGAGAUGAUUCUAGGGUGAGAAGCAACGGAGAUGGGGGAACGGGUCAAGGUUUAGCCUGAUCCAGGUAUAGAGGGAAACCAAACGUUUUACUUUUUUUGUUUGUUUGUUUGUGUUUGUCAAAGGUGACAAACUGAGAGAGGGGCUGCUCACUGAGACGACUUAUUUGUAGCCAAACCGCCUUUUUCAAACUCAUCAUGACGCCAUUUAGAAGCUGAAGGGUAAGCUCUUCCUUAAGAAAAAAAAAAAUCUUCACUGCUGGGUUCUCCUCUGGGACAAGAAACUGAUACACUAGCAAGAAUACCAAAGACGAGAGGACAAUAUAUGUUUUCUAUUAUGCAAUAUAAGCUAGGAACCAACCAAUGGAAUGACCAAUGAAAGCUUUAUAACUACAGAAUGUGCUACAAAUGAGAGAGGGAAAUUCCUCAGAAACCAAAGAGCAUGGAAUGACAACAUCCCAGUGAGUGGGCAUCGACCUAGUUUCACCACCACGGAAAUAACAGUUUUUGACAAAAUAACACAUUUUCACAUUGCUGGGUUCAUUUGACCCUUAGGUUCACAUACAGCGGCAGAAAACCAAAGUCAUUUCUCCUUGAAAUCAGCGUUUUUACCUCUCGAGCAUCUUUUGAAGCUUCAGUCCAACCAAAGACAGAAAGCAGAGAAGUUGAAUGAUUAGGAAAUGGCUAAAUAUGCAAGCACAAACACACACAUUUACACGAGUACCCUUCUAGGCACAUGAAACCUUCCUCACAGUUUGAGCCAACAUGUACAACUGCAAGUUUUCAGUGUAGUACAGUGGAUAUGAAUAGUGUAUGUACAAUGUAUGUGAGCACAAUGUUGAAGCACAUUUUCUUUGCAAUAGAACCGGAGCUCACCUCCAAGCCGAGUGGUUUUCACAUCUUAGAAAACUCAGGAUGCCAUUUUUCUAAACAGUGGCUGAAAUCCACUCUGCGUUCUAGUUAUCACACGCUUUAAUGUACUGUACAACAGCGUAUACAUGUACACACAUACACAUAUUUUUACGAGCCAUUGCCCAAAUGCUUUAUCCAGCCACGACACGGUCAAGCUAAACCACUAUGCUACCCUGGCUUCGCUCAGCCAUCAUUUUUCUUACCACGGUGACUCAUAACACCUAGCAUAUUAGCAUUAGCACAAUCUUAACCUUAUUACAUUGCUGGUAAAUUCACACUUUUACUCAUAUUGUGCUGUUUAGAUUGUAGAUUUUGGGUAUUAGAUGUGUAAAACCUAAAAGAACCAUCACCUUGGCUUGAUUGUCAAAUGUCUUUUUCAGAAAAAUGUUUGAUUCCUCUCAACACAGAACACUUGAGGGCUAUCAAAUAUUCUAGUUUUUCUUCUUGGUGUAAAAUUUGAUGGCUUUUUUUUGGAAGACGCCAAAAAAACGCCACCAAGACCAACAGUAGAACAGCAGCCCAUUUGAUCCCAUGGGGAGCAGACUGCCCAGGCGAAUCAGGGCCUUUGUAAUAGUAAAAGAGGACAAUCUAAAGACGAUGCCUGGCAAGUCUGUCUCGCAUAGUGGGUCAUUGGGCUGUCCCUCAGCAACCACUGAUUCCUCUACGAUCAUCCAGUACAGCCUUUCCCAUAUCAUGUAAAUACUAACACACACCCCAAAAAACUCCACCGCCAGCACCUCUAUUAUGUUUCAAUAGCCUUUACUACACAAUCACCUCAUCAAUCAUCUCUUACACAUGCUAUCAAACCAAAAAAAAAGCAACCAAACCAAAGCAAAGGCGUCAGUCAGCAGCCCCUGCUCUUUUAGAACACCCAGGCUGAGUCCCAGCCUGGUUAGAGGCAAGCCAAAGGCUUAAGAACGAUUUAAGAUUUAAAGUGAACACGUGACUUUUUCUAUUUAUUGACAAAUCGAAACCAAAGAAAACCCUUUUUCUGCACCUAACUGUUCCAACAAGCGAACUGAUGAUGGAAGAGAAUUACUACCAAAAACCAACAAAAAGAUUUUUUUUUUAAAUGUAAAAAAAACAAAAAAGAGCGGAGGCGGCGAUGUCAAGGAUGGAGGACGACAUUGCCAGGACGAGGAGGGAGGACAGAGGAAUGGGUGACAUCAAGAAAGUGAAGAAGUAGCUUUGUUCUGGCUGAGGUCACGUCAGGCCCGCCAAGUCUGGGACUGAAAAGGGUAAAAACCACACGAGAAGGAGGGAAUGACGUUCUUCCCUCCGGCCCGGAAAUGUCCGAACAUUAAUGUGUCUCUCACGGUUGAAGAGUGUCUUUAACGUGUGCCUAUGCAGUUUUUCAAAGUAAAAAAAUGGUUAAACGAAACGAACAACAGAAACCUCAUCAGCUAACAAACCAAAGAUUCACUGUUAACUCCAGUAGCAGUUCUCCUCCUCUUGUCAAAGAAUAUCAACUUCCAUUAAUCACUCGCCUUUUCUUCCAUUUUCAUACUCUUUUGACAAGGCCUACAUUUGUUAGGACAAAGCUUUGAAUCUGUGCUAAGUCCAAUCAACUUUUGAGUGCUAAAAGGAGAGUAAACAAGUUAGCUAGCUCAUACCUGUCAAGCCUCACAAGAGUACACACAGUUUAAGUUUCUUGUAUUUUAAUUUUUCGCAACUACAAAGAUGGAAAGUCAUGUAUAAGAUGAGUACUUUCCAUUAUUUUUCCAUAACAUUAUUUUACAAUGCAUAUGUUGACAGGUAUGCGCAAGCUAGCAGAUAGUUAGCUAGCUUAAUUACCCACAUACAUGUCUGGUGAGAGAUACUUUUGGAAUAGGCGUCCCUCCAACAUGGUAGCUUUUUUAAAAAAAUUACGAGAAUAACCACAAAGAAAGAUAAAUGUUAGCCAUUAGCCUUAGCCAUUAGCUUCUCCACAAGGCAUGUCUACCUCCAAGCUCGCAGGCUCCAGUGCAGGGACGAUUUACUCUAUUCAUCCAGCCUUCUUGUUUAAAAUACAUUUCAGCUAAAACAAACUGAAAAUCCGAGGAACUCAUACCUUGUUUGUGUUUUUUUAAUAUUUGCCACUGAAUCGACCACGCUUCCUACAGCUAAAAAGAGUGACAAUGAAGUUCAUGAUACCAAAGACUUUUUAGCUGUACUAGCACACUACACUGACUUUUCUUUGAUUUUGUCUGCUACUGGUACUAAAAGUGAAGGUCAGGUGUCAUGGUUGAUUGGCAUAGCUAGCUACAGUAGUUAGCACAAAUGCCCACGUUUACCAUGUUGGAGAUGGAUCGUGUAGCUUGGACGACGCACGUUAGCUUGUUCAUCAAGGGGAGGGGAACUCUACUGCCUCUCUGUAGUGUACAACAAUAAAUGAAAGCAAGCAAAAUGACACAACAUCAACACUCACUGAGAGAAACUGCUCAAAUAUCGGUCAAAUAGCUUUAACCUUCAUUUUCUCUAUUUCUGUAUGUAAAGCUUCUAGUCCAAAGAGAUACGGCCCGCCACCUGGCCCUCCCUUCCUGUUGACAAUGCCCAAUGGAGGUGGAGGGGGUGGCGGCCAUUUUGCUUUCUCACUUGCAAUUCUGACUGGAUGUACCGCAGGCGAAACCAAAAAUAUGGUAUGUAACCAAAAAUGUCCCAAAGAGGUUUUCAUUGCUUGUUUGCUUAAAGUACUUAAAUUUGCCAAUAAUUACGUCUAGUAUUACUACCACUACAUUCCUGCUUGUUUUUUUUUCUAUUUAAUGUAAUUUAUGUUUUCUCUUUGAUUGUCAAUUAAUUUAAGCGAACAAAUUUUGUUGCCAAAUCUCCCACUGAACCUUUUACCCUUUUGAUGAAGUUUAGCUCUGCCAAAGUUUACAUUGUGCAUUUUCUUUUCUUUCCGUUUGAUGCUGUAUUUAUUUAUAAGGUGUUUAGAACACUCUAGGUUUGUACUUGAUGAUAAUUUAAUGAUAUUUAAUUAGAUGUAAUUGUUUUGAAUGAAUAUUUAUGUAUUUAAGAAUGUUAGUUGCAUCAAAGAUGCAGUGCUUAUGCCAGGCCUUUUAAAUUAUUCGUAGUUAGCUUUACUUACAAAUAAAACACAAAGACAAUGUUUUUUUUCUAUCUGCUUAGACUUAACGGCAGAACAAUGUAGGAAUGUCAGACUAGACUUACAAACCUUUUGAAUGUCCACACUCGCUCUUUACCAAUCAAGUAUUCUUUUGUAUUUUUCAACAUAAAAAUGACAAGUUCAUAAUAGCCCAACAAUGAUGAGCACUGCAUCUCUUUUUCUUUUUGAUAAUUUAAUGCUUGAUUUUUUUCCCCCCUUCAUUUAUUUGCAUUCCUGCUGAUUAUUGUUGAAGAAGCAAUGCAUUUCAGGAUGAUGUUUUAGAUUUAAAAAAAAAAAAAAAAAAAGAGGGCCACACGUUGAUGUAAACAACCAAAGAUAACUGGAAUUCUUGAGAGGCAAAUAAACUGUGUGUGUUUUCAUCCAUGUAGCUCAUAGCCUGGUUAAGGACUUAUUCAUACAGAUGACAUGUCAACAGGUGCAUCUCAAUGAAUCACAAUAUGGUGCAAAGGUCAUUCAGACAAAGAGACCAAGUAAAGGCUGCUUUUUGCAGUUCAUUUGCAGAUUAGAACCAGUAGUAUUUCACUUUUUGACCAUUUUUAUGACACUGAAUUUGCAGUUUUUCCCUGCGGGAUCGUUGUCUGAUUCUGCAUUUCAAAUUCCGCAAAUGUAUUGAUUUUGGUAAGCAGGCAACACAUGUGGAACACACAAUGUAUCUGUACCACACGGAUCAUGUGUGUAUGGAAAUAAACACAGUAAUUUUACAAUACAAUACAAUACAAAUACACUUUAAGGCAAUACAAGACGUUGAUGAACUGUAGUCUAUACUGGCCACAAGGUGUCAUUUGUAACAUGCGCCAGACUUGUUUACCAAUGGCAGCUUUUAUUUUUAUAAAAUACAUACGUUCAUUCAUUAUUAAGGUGACUAUAGGGGUGUUAUUUCAUGUCUGGAGGGCUCUAAUAAUGAUAAAAAAUUAUAUUUAGCAUUUAGAACAUAAAUUCACUUAUCUCAAUUGGCUCUGGCACCAAUUAAACACAAUAAACGAGGAAAUACUGUCAUACUAUAAAGAAAGGCAUGCCCAUAAAUGCUGUUUUGCAUGUAUAUUACUGUGUAGCCAUUUAUAUUGAUACCCACAUAGUCCAUGUGGUGUAGGUACAUGAUGUGUUCUACAUGUGUUACCUGUUGUGUUAUUUUUGGCUGCACUGUGAGCGAGGUAGGCCUUUGGGUUGAUGAACUGUUUUUGGUUUGUGAUGUGUGAGCAAGUGCCUAAAUGGCAAAUGCAGUGAAAUUGAUAUAAUAUACAGUGAUUUGAGUGUCAAAAAAAGACAUUUUUAUUACAAUUAGUACUUUUGUAACAAAUACUAAGGCCUCAUACUCAUGGUCUCAUACUCUAUAGAUAUGUUUUUCAGUUAAACUACUGACAUACGUAAACUUGCAUAUUUGUUGAGAUGCACCUUGUUGAGAUACAGUCUUCAGCUAAAUAUUUGCGUUAAAAUACUAAACAAAUCAUUUUAAUUCAAGGCCAAAGGUGAUAAAAGGACAUCUGUGUCGAAAUAUACAGUACCAGCCUUCCUCUAUUCGUACAGAUUCUGUGGAUUCUGUUUUUUGACAUGAGAACUUAUCCAGGUUAUUUAAACAGGCUGUGAUGCUAACACACACCAGUUCUACAUUAAAAUACCCCUUUUCAUAAUGUCAUGUGAGUGUAUGAAUGCCAACAUUUUUAUUUUAGGAAGAAAAAGUGAGGCGCUCCUUAAACAAGAAUGAUUUUCUGUCUGUGUGUGUGUGUGUGUAAAAAAAAAAAAUCUAUUUGAAUAGUGAGAACCGGAUAGGCUACCUCACUGACUGUCCAUUUGUUUGUGUUGAUGAAACCAAAGAAACCAAAGAUUUUGUUCUGGUUUUGGCCUUGCAGGAUCUCUGUUCCUCACAUGAGACCAAUGUUAACUAGUAUGUGAAUUCGGCAGCCAUUUGCCAUAUACGUAUUUGAUAUUGUUUCCCAAAUAAAUAGAUCUCCAUCAUGACUUCAUCAAAUGUAAUUUAUAAUAUAGGAAUUUUCUUGAUCCCUGGUCAAUUGAUUUCAUUUGUCAGUCAUGUAAAUUCAUGUAGAUUUGCCCCCGAGAACACAUUUUGUUGAUCUUGUUCACACGUUUUUACUAAAAAGUAUAGUAUUUUUUAUUUAUUGGUGUUCUAUCUGGUCCUCAGCUAUUUGCAUUGUCGUAUUAAAAGCAUUAUGACUGAAGAAUUGACAAGAAAUUACAACAGAUUUUUUCUUAAAGUAUUGGACAAUUUAAGACGAGUGGAUUUUUCAAGCCAAAGUGAAGUCUUGUCCUUUUAGAUCAGGGGUCGGGAACCUUUUUGGCUAAGAGAGCCAUGAAGGCCAGAUAUUUUAAAAUGUGUAUCUGUGAGAGCCAUAUACAUUUUUUUAAACAUUGAAUGCAAUAAAAGGUGUGCAUUUUUAUGUAAGACCAACAGUUUUAGAUAUAAUGGGCUCUAAUUACGUAGACCAGGCACACUACCCCACGCCAAGGGGGUGUGGCCAGCACACUUUCGUGAGCAGCGCAGUGUCCAAUAAUAAAUCAAAUACUUGCUGCCAUUAAUGCAACUUCUGCUGCUGCAUGGUUUUGAACCGUAUUCAGUACACAUAUUUCAUUCUUUUGGCCAUCUUCGUCAGAAGGCUUGGUUCUGCAGCUUUAGCUAGGUGACUGUUUGACUAAAGGAGGAAAGUUUACAUUUACAUGUUUUUUUGACAUCUCAAUGACCGAGGUAGACUACCGCAUUACCCAGUAAUAAUCAAGUUUUGGUGUUUGACCUGGAAAAUAUCAUCAGGAAAGAUAGAUAUGGUUGGUCGUAUUGCAGCAGAAUAUAGAUGGACGAAUUAAAAUGCAUAAGAAAGUUGUUGAUUUUGAAUAUUAUUUUUAACAGUCAUUUCUGUGAUGUUUACUUUAAAAUGUUAGCAAAAAUGCAUUUUUAUUGUGGUAAGAAAUGCUUGAGAGCCAGAUACAGUCAUCAAAAGAGCCCUACCUGGCUCCCGAGUCAUAGGUUCCCUACCUCUGUUUUAGAUCGUUAAGAUUUACCUAUCCAGUGAGUAAUACUGUAUUGACUCUAAUAGUCUCCAAUAUAAAACAACCUUGCUCAUAAGAUGACCACCAAUAUAAGACAACCUCCAAUAUAAGACGACCCUUGCAUAUAAGACAACGUGCCAUACAAGACAACCUCACAUAUAAAACAACAUCACAUAUAGGACAACCUCCAAUAUAAGACAACCUUGCAUAUAAGACAACGUCCAUUUUAAGGUAAUGUAAGACACUGUUGAAUAUAAGACAUAUAAGACACCCUACAAUAUAAGACAACCUUGCAUAUAAGACAACAUCACAUAUAAGACAAACUCCAAUAUAAGACGACUCUUGCAUAUAAGACGACCUUUUGUAUAAGACAACAUCACAUAGAGUACAACCUCCAAUAUAAGACAACCUUGCAUAUAAGACAACGUCCAUUUUAAGGUAAUGUAAGACACUGUUGAAUAUAAGACAUAUAAGACACCCUACAAUAUAAGACAGCCUUGCAUAUAAGACAAAAUCACAUAUAAGACAAACUCCAAUAUAAGACGACUCUUGCAUAUAAGACGACCUUCUACAUAAGAUAACAUCACAUAUAGUACAACCUCCAAUAUAAGACAACCUGGCAUAUAAGACAACGUCCAAUUUAUAAUAUAUAAGACCCUGUGGAAUAUAAGACGACACUUCUUUUUUUACUGCUUUUACUUUUAAGACAAAAUCCAAGACAAAAUAAAUUUUCUUUUAUAAAAAAAUAUCAGCUAAAUGGUAUUCAACCAAUCAUAUUUCAUGAAUCAUGUUUCUUGCUUGACCGGUCUACAAUUAGCAUUGUAUGUCAUGAUUUUAAUUACAAAUCUGAUAUUAACUUGAUCUUCUAACAAAUAUGUGCAUUUUAAUGUACUUCACUUAACGUUCACACUGUUAUUUGUAAUCUAAGCGAAGCCCAUGAAUAAAAAAAUAAGAAUAUUGUAAGGACAUGGCAGCUUUUGGGGCUUAUGUAUGUGAUAAAAUUAAACAAACGUCUUAUAUUUCAGUCAAUACAGUAAACCUUCACCUUUAGUUAGCGCUCUGCUCACCGAGACUUUGCAACAAAAUUCCAACCAGCACUGUUUUAGAAUUUGUAUGUUUUGGGGAGGAUCUUUUAAUUUUCUAUAUGUGUGAACAAGAUCUAAACACCCUUAUGAUCGUAUUAACUGUACCUGCCAAAUCUACACCAUCAGCAGUUGCUUUGAAAUAAUAACAGUGUUCAAAUACUAAUUAUGCGAAACCAUUUCUAUGACAGUCUUUGUUCUUCCAAAUCAUUUGAUUAGCUCAGUGUUUCCCAACCUUUACUGAUCCAUUGCAAAUCACAUAUUCAGUGAUGAACAGGUUAAUUAUACACUUUAUGCCACCUCAUGUAAUUGUUAUGCCUGUCACUAGAUGUCGCUAGUGACAGAUAAGCAGAUAUGCAUUAUUUGCAGUAAAUAAAUCAUACUCUUGUGACCACCACAGCACAGUGCUUGGGUUAUCUGAUGGGAUCAAUACAUCCAUUAAACAUUUAGUCUUUAUUUUCUAAAGAAUACAUUUUUUCCCGAUGGUUGCAAAGCUUUAAACAUGAAGCAAACACCCAAAGCAAACACAGAACGCGCUCUCUUUACCGAACUGUUGCAGAUAUACCUCAUAGAGACUAGCAUUAGGAUGAUGUUGAUGUUAUAAUAGCGUGUCAUUAAGUUAUUCACUCGCACUUCUUCCUAUUUUUGUUAUCUUUAUGAAAAAAAACUGUGUGGGGGGGCUUUACACUUUUUUGUAAUUGUCAAAAAGGUGCGCUAAAACCAAAAAUGAGAUAUGUUUUUUUUUUCAAUGCUCGACUUUGUGUUGAUGUAUUGUUUUUGUCCCAUUUCAUUGAAGGGGAACAGGAAGUAACAUUUGAAUUAAUUAGGUUGCUUGAUUUCGAUGAGUCUUCGCCCCCCCUUGUGUGCAUAUACACUGUUUGACAAAAUUUGGGAUUGUUAACGUGUUUCCGCCCUGAAAUAAUAUUGGCUUCUUUAAUGUGCUGAUUUAAUUCCAAAUCGACCCAUGUGAAAUGUAUUUUUAUAUCUACUUCCUUUAAAUUGUCAGUAUCUUUCCUGUGCAUCACAGUUCCAUCAUCCAUAGCAGUGCUAUAGGCCAGUUUAUGCAUGAGUGUAUUUACAGAUAGCUAGCCAUCCACAUAUUAUUAUAUUCAUCAUUUCAUUAGUUGAUGCCACAAACAAAAGGAGUGGACGACAGGGGCCUUUUAACUUAAAAUACAGUCGACCCUCGGUUAGCGUAUUUUUUGAUUUCGAUUUUCCUGUUAGCAUAUAACAUGGGGUGCAUCUCAAGUUAUGUGUAUCUGCAGUAUAUAGAACCAUAGAAGUAAUUGUUUCCCCAGCAUUGUCGCCUGUCUAUGAUGUCAUCAGCAGUUAGCUCUGUAGUUCUUUGCUAAAUAACAGUUACACAGCAAAUCUCAGAUUUUUUUUUGACUGAUGGGUUUUGUUGAAUUUAAUAAACACUUAGCUAAAUACUAAAUAAAUACUAAUAAAUACUUAAUAAGACUUAGCUGUCUUUGUCAACACUUGUAAGCCAUUUGUAAGCAUUUAGAAUUGUAAAACUAACAUUUCGGGGUACUAAUUGGAUUUUCUGAGAAUUUUGGGGGGUUACUCUGACCCCCCCACAUUUCAGUUUCAAUGAGACCUUCUGAAAUUGAAUAAUUACGCUAACCGAGGUUCCACGGUAUAUGUCGUUUUCAGGUUUACUGACAUUGUCCUUUUGUAAUGUCCUGAUGCAGAUGUUUCAUUUUUACAAAAGACCGUGCACCAAUAAAAAGAAGCUGCAGGUCACAAAAGGCCCCUGGGACAGAUUUUGGACACCCUUUUCAACCAUUAACAUUUAGUGUUUAGCUGUUCUGAAAUGUCAUCUUACUUUUUCUAGCAAUCAAAAACAUCAUCGGAGCCAAAUAAUUCCAUUCAUUUUUAUUUUUUUUUUACCAUUCUUGUCAUAGCUCCCAUGCAAUAAAUCAAAUGAAGCCUUUUUUCUACAUUUGGUUGGGAAAAGAAGAUUGGAAGUGACUGAAAAUGUGUCUUGUGGAAUAAAACUGACAUGGAGGCAUUUGAAGAAUUAUUGUUGUUCCACUGUAUGUAUAAAAGAAGAAAAAAAACUCAAUAAAGACAUCACAAUGGUCUUACCCAUGUACAAGUCACGCUGCUCUUG